UAGUAUAAUAAAAUAUAUUAGAUAAUAAAUAAAAUCAUAUGUUAUAAUAUAUUUAUCUUUCUUAAUAGCAACUCAUAUCUUUAUAAUNAAAAUCUAAAAUCUUUCAUAAAUGUUAGCCUAAAAUGUUGAGUAAUUAAAUGAUAAAAUUGUCAUUUUUGGAGAACGUGUCGAUGAUAUAAAUGCUAAUUUUUAACAAUUAUAAGGAGAACUUAAAUUAAUUGAUUAAAGAAAUUCAAAAUUAGAAGGAGAUUUAGAAGAUUAAAAUCUUAAACUUAAUAAUGAAAUCAAAAAUAUUGAAGUGAGAUUAGAUGAGUAAUAGAAAACAUCUUCUACAAUGUAAGAUUCUAUUAGAGAAAAUAAUGAUAUUGAUAAAAAAUAAAAUCUAGAAAUUGAUGAAUUAUAGAAAACAGUAAAAAAUUUACAGGAUAGACUUAAAUAAUUAGCUUAGUUGCCUGCUUGAUAGUAUUAUUUAAUUAUAUUUAUAUAUAUUAU